GUUUUGCAUUUUUUGCCUAGCCGCUGACAUCCGAAAUGGAUGGUUCAGCUUCGCGAUGGCAGGGCCUUCUGUGCGACUUGCAGAAGGAGUUGGAGGGCAUGAACGCCAAGCUGCGGACUCUGGAACUGGAAAACCUGCGUUUGCGUGAAACGGUGGAAGCUCGGCCUCGCUUGGAAUUAUCACGGUCUUUGCUUUCUCCAGCUUCCCCGUCCACAUCCCUGUCCACAUCCGCGGGCAUCAAAUCGGAGGGCUCGCAAACAGUUCAAUUCUGGUCGUUCGCCCUUUCCUCUACCAAGUUGCAGAAGCCUGUUGCUGCUGGCAGAGACAGGGCUUUGCCCAAGGUCUAUCCCAUCCAGAGACGUGCGUCAUUCCAUGAGGAUGUCGACCAAAAUGGCAGCGGACAGCACGUCGAAUUGGCACCCGCCCGUGUCAAUACCUUCGUGAGCGUCGACACUGUGUUGAGUGAGGAGAAGGUCCCUACGAAAAGCAUCUUGAAGAAGAACAGCAGCUACCGAGUUGCAAGUUCUCCAGAAUCCAGUCUUCCUCCACUUUGCAGUCGUAGCGUUGCGCCCCAGAGCAAGGCCGUCCCAGUCCGCGGAUCUAGUUCCGCUUUUCAUUCCCCAACGAUUUCUGGUGUUACGAGCUCCCUCUUGACGGAGGACAAUACAAAGUUUGCCAUUCUUCGUGCAGACAAAACGAAAGUUCUUGUGAUGCAAAAACCCUGGUACAUCAUCAACCCUGACAGAAACCUGGCUGCCACGAUCUGGCAGUUCGUCACGUCAGCCGCGCUGCUAUGGAUAGCCUUAGUAACACCUUUGCAGGUCGGCCUUGUGACGUUGGAAAUCAAUUGGGUCUUCAUGACAAGCCUGGGUGUGGACUUUGUCUUCUUGAUUGACAUGGUCCUGCAAUUUUUCACCGCCUAUGUCCGAAGAACACCCAGAGGUGAUGAAUUGGAAGUGCGAAGCAGCAAAAUCGUACUGCACUACUUGUCGACUUGGUUCGUGCUGGACUUCGUCACGCUGAUUCCCUUCGAACUGGUCGCACUGCUGGGUGGCUCCAAUGUCGAAGAGUUGACCAUGAUCAAAGUGAUCCGCGUGUUGCGGCUGCUGAAGCUAACCCGUUUGGCUCGCGGCUCCAAAUUGGCACAGAGGCUGGAGGCUCCGAUCUCACUUCCGUACCAACAUCUGGCGCUCCUGCGUUGCGUGUUCAUCCUGGUUCUUCUUUGCCAUUGGCUGGCUAGUAUUUGGGCAACGACCAUAUUGCUCGUCCCUCGUGGAACUCCUACAUGGAUUGAUGACAUUGCAGCUGUAGAUGAGGGCUUUGGAAUUGACACCCGAGCACAUCCACUUCGUAUCUAUAUCGCAUCCUUCUACUUUUGCAGCUACACCAUGACUUCUGUGGGGUAUGGUGAUAUUGGACCGCAAAAUGUCUCGGAGCGGGUGGUGUGCACUCUGAUUGUUCUUGGUGCUGGUCUAUCCUGGGCCUGCGUUCUCGGUGAAGUGUGUGCAAUUGUGGCUGAGAUGAACUCCGCGAAGCAAGCGUUCAGACAAAAGAUGCAUCACCUCAAUCAAAUGAUGAGCGAGAAAGGAUUGCCGACCGAACUGCGGAAGCGUUUGAGAACUUUCUUCUUGCAGAAUCGGCACCAAUGCAAUUUCAUAACGCACCAGCAGCUUCAGAAAGACAUGAGUGCCCAGCUACAAGCAGAAGUUUGCACAGUUGUAAACCUCCCGUGGCUUCGCAAAGUCCCUUUCUUCAACAACUUCUUGUUGCACAUUGAAGCUGUGGACGCGGCUGGGCUAGACGCCUCAAAUCUCCAUGCAUGCAUUGCAGAUGUGGCUCAGGAGCUGGAAAUGAAAGCAUAUGCCCAGCGUGAAAGCUUUAGCGAUGUCCAAGUGCUGCAUAUUCUUGCCAGAGGUUUGGUAUUGUUGAACACUCGGGUGGCUUCCAACGGUGCAGUUUGGGGAGAAGAUUUCGUCCUUGCAGAUGUGCCAUUGAUUCAGAGGUUUUCAGGCUUUGCACUUACUUACGUAGAGGUUCUUUGCUUGAAGCGUGGGAGUUUCAUGGAUGUGAUCGAGCGGCGCCGAGCCAAUUGCCCUGAGCUGGGCCAGAUUGUACGGCGCUAUUGCGUUCGCAUAGCGGUCUUCCGCGGGAUUCUGGCAGAGGCACGCCGCCUUAAGCUGCUGCAGAUCCGGGAGGAAGAACAAAGGACCGCACCCCAAAUUUCAAUGCAGGAACUGCCUUCACUUCCUGGAACGGCCGAACUUGAGGUUGACAACUUGAGGUAGCACAAUAUGGCCCGGUUUUUGAGCAUGCAGAAGUACAGAUCAAAUGGGUCCAGGAAUGAAGUGCCACUCAUGUGGGAAUGUGCAGUGCAGCGGUUGAAGAGCCC